CCGUCCCGUGUCCGCGCUCCUGAUUGGUGGCUGCCGCUCAGUCGAGCUGGGAUUGGCGGCGGGAGCGCGCGGGUCGCGGGUGCGCGCGCAGGCCGGUCCCCUCCGGGCACGCACCGUCCUUUAGAAGCGCGCGAGCCGCCACAGCCGCGGACAUGUCGGUGUCCCCUGUGAAGAGGCAGAAGAUGGAGUCGGCGCUGGACCAGCUCAAGCACCACACCACGGUGGUGGCCGACACCGGGGAUUUCAACGCCAUAGAUGAGUACAAGCCCCUGGAUGCCACCACAAACCCCUCCCUGAUCCUUGCUGCGGCUCAGAUGCCGGCAUACCAGAAGCUUGUGGAUGAUGCUGUUGCCUACGGGAAGAAGCUUGGUGGGUCAGAAGAGGAGCAGAUCAAAAAUGCUUCUGACAAACUUUUUGUAUUAUUUGGAGCUGAAAUCCUGAAGAGGAUACCUGGCCGUGUGUCCACAGAAGUAGAUGCAAGGUUGUCCUUUGAUAAGGAAGGAAUGAUUCAAAGGGCCAGGCGCCUCAUCGACCUCUACAAGGAAGUAGGAGUUGGUAAAGAUCGGAUUCUGAUCAAGCUCUCUUCGACCUGGGAAGGAAUCCAGGCUGGCAGGGUUCUGGAGGCCGAGUAUGGGAUUCACUGCAACAUGACCUUGCUGUUCUCCUUUGCUCAGGCUGUUGCCUGUGCUGAAGCUGGAGUUACUCUGAUUUCCCCAUUCGUGGGACGGAUCCUGGACUGGUAUGUUGCAAACGGAGACAAGAAAACCUACGAGCCUUCGGAGGAUCCAGGAGUGAAGAGUGUCACCAAGAUCUAUAACUACUACAAAAAGUUUGGCUACAAAACCAUCGUGAUGGGCGCCUCAUUUCGCAACACUGGCCAGAUCAAAGCGCUCACGGGCUGUGACUAUCUCACCAUCUCACCCAAGCUCCUGGCAGAGCUCAGCAAAGAGCAUGUCAAGUUAACUCCCACACUCAGUGUCAAAGAGGCUCAGGCCUGUGAUCUUGAGAAGAUCCACCUGGAUGAGAAGGCAUUCCGCUGGCACCACAACGAAGACCAAAUGGCUGUGGAAAAGCUCUCUGAUGGGAUCAGGAGAUUUGCUGCAGAUGCAGUUAAGCUGGAGAGGAUGUUAAAGGUAGAUAUCACGUUCCUCCCAUGUACUGCAGCCAGCCUGGUGUGACUGAGGAUUAAACUAGUCUGGUCAGGCCUUUGGACAAGUUAUGUACAACAGGCCACUUGAAUUCAGGGAACUUGGUAAGCUUCACUGCAUGCCAAGAAAGAAUUCGUACCAGGUGUGGGUCACACCUGCAGUUUGAGGCCAUAGGACUGGCAGCUCAUCAGGAUAACUGUCAAAGCGAGAAGUCCCUUAAAUCUGAUUCUGAGCUGUCAGCAGUACAGGACACAAAUAAUCUUCAGGUAGUGAGCUGGAAAUAAAUCAUGUUUGUACUUGGAGGCAUUAAGAAAGAGCAGAUCUGCUGUCAAAGUUGUAUGUCAGAUUGUGGAGAGGCUUUCAAACAGGAUCCAUCAAACCGUGUUUUUUGGGGAAGAAAUACUGAUUAUAAGUAUACCUGAUCUAGGCACUUGGUGACUGGCAACUCC